AUGACAGAGAGACAAACGCCAGCUUUACGCUGGGAAAUUACUUUCCACAUUCGGGAAGAAGACGCGCACGGAGACAUCUCCGGCGAAGAAACACCAGAUUAUACUGGGAACAAUCUCGAGACUUUAGCGCUCGGAAGAAGCGACAAGAGAUAUUAUCUAUCUCUGCCGAAAUGAUAUGAGGAAAACGCAAAGGUCCAAGGAACAAGAUCAGGCUUCGUUUGGGAUAAGCUUGGUCACAAUGUAGUGAGUGGGGUUGGGACUUGGGAAGAGCGAUACCUUCACCUAAUGGGAAAAGAAACUCUGGAGGGGCCACUGCUUGAUUCUUAUGGACAUACCAUAGGCGUAAACACUGCCACAUUCACACGCAAAGGGAGCGGUAUGUCUUCCGGUGUGAACUUUGCCAUUCCCAUUUGA